AUGCUGGCCUGGCAGAGAACCGGAUUCCACUUUCAGCCGUUGAAGAACUGGAUGAAUGGUCCGUUAUACUACAAAGAAAACUACCACUUCUUCUACCAGUACAACCCGGAAGGGGCUGUUUGGGGCAACAUCGUGUGGGGCCACGCCAUCUCAAAGGAUCUGAUUAACUGGGAGCAUCUUCCGAUCGCCUUGUCGGCCGACGAGUGGUAUGACAUCAACGGCGUCUGGACCGGCAGUGCCACCAUUCUUCCUGACGGCCAAAUCAUCAUGCUUUACACCGGCUACACCAACGCCAGCGUCCAGGUCCAGAAUCUAGCCUACCCGUCCGACCCAUCCGACUCGCUCCUCAUCCACUGGUCCAAGUACUCCGGCAACCCAGUCCUCGUCCCCCCGCCAGGCAUCAACGUCCACGACUUCCGCGAUCCGACCACCGCCAUGCUCACCACCGAGGGCAAGUGGCGGAUCAACAUCGGGUCCAAGGUGAACCGAACUGGCAUCUCCCUGCUUUACGACACCGCUGACUUCAAGACCUACGAGCUCCAGGACGGGUUCCUCCACGCGGUUCAGGGUACGGGUAUGUGGGAGUGUGUGGACUUUUACCCGGUUUCAGUGACUGAGAACAUCGGGCUGGAUUUCUCGGAGCAAGGCACCGCCGUGAAGCAUGUCUUGAAGGCCAGUUUCGACGACGACAGGAACGAUUACUACGCGAUUGGGAUCUACGACGAGGCAGGUCGCAAGUGGGUUCCGGAUCAUGGGGAUCUGGAUCUGGGUCUCGGGUGGAGGUACGAUUAUGGAAAGUUCUACGCUUCCAAGACGUUCUACGAUGAGAAGAAGACGAGGAGAGUGUUGUGGGGCUGGAUUCCAGAGAGUGAUAGCGAGAACGCCGACAUCUCAAAGGGCUGGGCUUCAGUUCAGGCCAUUCCAAGAACAAUUCUGUUCGAUAAGAAGACGGGUAUGAAUUUGCUUCAAUGGCCGGUGGAGGAGGUUGAGGAGUUGAGAUCGAAGAGCUGGGAAGUGAACAAUGUGGUUGUCGAAGCGGGCUCGGUUGUGCCGCUGGACCUUGGUCCAUCGUCUCAGCUGGAUAUCACAGCGGAGUUCGAGAUCGGUAAGGAGGCGGUGGAGACCUUAAUUAGCAGCCAUCAUGACCAAAAAGAGAAAUCGUACAGCUGCGCCGGCAGCGGCGGAGCAGCUGACCGGGGCGCGCUUGGCCCGUUCGGGCUGUUGGUUGUUGCCGACAAGACGCUCUCCGAGCAGACUCCGGUUUACUUCUACAUUGUCAAAUCGAAGGAUGGGAAUCUCACAACUCACUUCUGCACUGACAUUUUAAGAUCUUCGGCUGCACCGGAUGUCGACAAGACAGUUUACGGAAGCACGGUUUCAGUGCUGGAUGGUGAAAAGCUAUCGGUGAGAAUACUGGUGGAUCACUCGAUAAUCGAGAGCUUCGCACAAGGAGGGAGGACAUGCAUCACCUCGCGAGUGUACCCAACAAAGGCAAUAUACGAUGAUGCGAAGCUGUUCUUGUUCAACAACGCCACCAAGGCCAACGUGGUCGCCUCUCUCAAGAUAUGGGAAAUGGAAUCCGCAGAUAUACAUGAUUCGUCGUCCUCCACAAGUUUAGCAAUUCCACGUGUUAACUUCCUCGGCUACAUGCUCCCGACCAAUCUUUUGUUGAGUUUUUGCAUUCUUUUUAGUUUAGUUCGAUAUCUAUAGGAAAAGCCAUAUAUAUGGUUGAUUAGUUGAAGCUCCCAACUGACCUGAACUAAUAGGUCCGUUUAUUUCGUUAUUAUUUUCUUGCUGCUGUUGUUGUUGUUUCUGUAAUUUAGUUUGGUCUGGUUUUAAAAAAUUAGACCCCAUUAAGACACUCUUGAGUUGAAGGGUGAUGGGCAGGUAUAAAGUGCCCUUUCAAGUUUUGUACUAGAAACCCUGAA